AUGAGUCUUUGCCGCACAGCCAUGAACACCCACCCCAAGGAGAUGGUGCCCCUCAUGGGCAGAAGAGCCACCAUCCCCUUUGUGAACCCUGCCAUCCUGCAGGAGAAGAGGCCGUCAGAGAUCACCCCCACCAAGAAGAGUGCACACUUCUUCCUGGAGAUAGAAGGGUUCGAGCCCAACCCCACGGUGGCCAAGACCUCUCCCCCCAUCUUCUCCAAGCCCAUGGACUCCAACAUCCGGCAAUGUGUCUCUGGCAACUGUGAUGACAUGGAUUCCCCACAAUCUCCUCAGGAUGACGUGACAGAGACCCCGUCCAAUCCCAACAGUCCCAGCGCAAACCUGGCCAAGGAAGAGCAAAGGCGCAAAAAGAAGCGGCUGAAGAAACGCAUCUUCACAGCGGUGUCGGAGGGCUGCGUGGAGGAGCUGCUGGAGCUGCUGGGGGAGCUGCAGGAGCUUUGCAAGCGGCGCCGCAGAGUGGACGUGCCUGACUUUCUCAUGCACAAGCUGACGGCCUUGGACACGGGGAAGACCUGCCUGAUGAAGGCCUUGUUAAACAUCAACCCCAACACCAAGGAGAUUGUGCGGAUCCUUCUUGCCUUUGCUGAGGAAAAUGACAUCCUAGACAGGUUCAUCAACGCUGAGUACACGGAGGAGGCCUAUGAAGGGCAGACGGCGCUGAACAUUGCCAUCGAGCGGCGACAAGGAGAUAUCACCGCGGUGCUCAUCGCGGCCGGGGCCGACGUCAACGCCCACGCCAAGGGGGUCUUCUUCAACCCCAAGUACCAGCACGAAGGCUUCUAUUUUGGCGAGACACCCCUGGCGCUGGCAGCCUGUACCAACCAGCCCGAGAUUGUGCAGAUGCUGAUGGAGAACGAGCAGACGGACAUCGCCUCGCAGGACUCGCGGGGAAACAACAUUCUCCACGCCCUGGUGACCGUGGCUGAGGACUUCAAGACGCAGAACGACUUUGUCAAGCGCAUGUACGACAUGAUCCUGCUGAGGAGCGGCACCUGGGAGCUAGAGACCACGCGCAACAAUGACGGGCUCACACCCCUGCAGCUGGCCGCCAAGAUGGGCAAGGCCGAGAUCCUGAAGUACAUUCUCAGCCGUGAGAUCAAGGACAAGCGGCUCCGGAGCCUGUCCAGGAAGUUCACCGACUGGGCAUACGGGCCCGUGUCAUCCUCGCUCUAUGACCUCACCAACGUGGACACCACGACCGACAACUCGGUGCUGGAGAUCAUCGUCUACAACACCAACAUCGACAACCGGCAUGAGAUGUUGACCCUGGAGCCCCUGCACACGCUGCUGCAUAUGAAGUGGAAGAAGUUCGCCAAGUACAUGUUCUUCCUAUCCUUCUGCUUCUAUUUCUUCUACAACAUCACCCUGACCCUCGUCUCUUACUACCGCCCCCGGGAGGAGGAGGCCCUGCCACACCCUUUGGCCCUCACGCACAAGAUGGGGUGGCUGCAGCUCUUAGGAAGGAUGUUUGUGCUCAUCUGGGCCAUGUUCAUUUCUGUGAAAGAGGGCAUCGCAAUCUUCCUGCUGAGACCGUCAGAUCUCCAGUCCAUUCUCUCAGAUGCCUGGUUUCACUUUGUGUUUUUUGCCCAAGCUGUGCUUGUGAUACUGUCUGUCUUCUUGUACUUGUUUGCCUACAAAGAGUACCUCGCCUGCCUCGUGCUGGCCAUGGCCCUGGGCUGGGCGAACAUGCUCUACUACACGCGGGGGUUCCAGUCCAUGGGCAUGUACAGCGUCAUGAUCCAGAAGGUCAUUUUGCAUGAUGUUCUGAAGUUCUUGUUUGUAUAUAUCGUGUUCUUACUUGGAUUUGGAGUAGCUCUGGCCUCACUGAUCGAGAAGUGCCCCAAGAGCCAUGAGAACUGCAGCUCCUACGGCAGCUUCAGCGACGCAGUGCUGGAACUCUUCAAGCUCACCAUAGGCCUGGGUGACCUGAACAUCCAGCAGAACUCCAAGUACCCCAUCCUCUUCCUGUUCCUGCUCAUCACCUACGUCAUCCUCACCUUUGUCCUCCUCCUCAACAUGCUCAUAGCCCUGAUGGGGGAGACAGUGGAGAACGUGUCCAAGGAGAGCGAGCGCAUCUGGCGCCUACAGAGAGCCAGGACCAUCUUGGAGUUUGAGAAGAUACUGCCAGAGUGGCUGAGGAGCAGAUUCCGGAUGGGGGAGCUGUGUAAAGUGGCAGAGGACGACUUCCGGCUGUGUUUGCGGAUCAACGAGGUGAAGUGGACUGAAUGGAAAACUCAUGUCUCCUUCCUCAAUGAAGAUCCGGGGCCCGGGAGACGGACAGAUUUCAACAAAAUCCAAGAUUCUUCCAGGAGCAACAGCAAAACCACCCUCAACGCAUUUGAGGAAAUAGAUGAAUUUCCGGAAACUUCAGUGUAA